AUGCAUUUUUACCCCAAAGCGCGCCAUCAACCGCAUCCCAGCAUCCACGACCCUUUUGUUCGCCGGAGUCGAUUGGGAUUGCUCAAGGCCGCGGGUCUGAACUUCAUCGUCCUGCAGCUCCUCUUUCUCGGACUCUUCUGUUACCUGUUCGGCUCCCUUUUCCAGCAGACCACGCAUAUUCAUAACCUACACGUUGUCUUUGUCGACUACGAUGGCGGAGCCGUGGGAAGCGCGAUACGUACUGCGUAUGAGCAGCUCAAGGGCUCAGGGUUCCCCACGUUAAGCGAGCAAUCGGUGUCAGCCUAUCCCCAGCCAAGCAGCGUUACAUCUGCCGUGUGUAAUAUUGAUUACUGGGGCGGGCUGUACACGUCGGUGGAUGCAUCGAAUCGCCUGGCGGCCGCAUUCGGAGGAGGUUCCGCGGCAGCCUCCUACAACAACAGCAACAUUCUCACCCUCGUCUGGAAUGAGGCGCGCUACCCCACCACGGUGGAUUCUGCCAUUGCGACGAAUAUGCAAUCACUGUCGGAAGCGGCGCGAGUAGCCUACUUCAAAACAAAUGGCAUGCAGGCGCUUGGGGAUCUGAACGGCACGGAUCCCGCUGCCCUCGCGGCAUUCACCAACCCCUGGACGCUGGCCUCAAUCAAUAUCCAACCAACUACUCAAGGCUCCCGACUGGUCUACAAUACCUUGGUGAUUAUCUUAAUCCUCAUCCAGGAAUUCUUUUACCUGGGUUACAUCAAUGGCCUCUACCAGCAAUUUCAGCUCUAUGUCUCCAUAGCAGCGCCUCGAAUUGCCGCCGUCCGCCAGCUCAUAUCGGGGUUAUACACGCUGUCGGGAUCACUCUGUACCACGGGCGCCAUCUGGGCAUUUCGCUAUGGGUGGCACGUCCAUGGUGGACAGUUCAUGUUGACCUGGAUGGCCUUGUGGCUGUUUGCCCACUGCAACUUUCUCGUCCUCGAUGUCUUCACCAUCUGGCUGCCGCCACCAGUGGUGCCAAUGGCCCUCAUCUCAUGGGUCAUUUUGAACGUCACUUCAAUCCUCCUGCCAUUCGAACUAUCCCCAGGGUUCUAUCAGUGGGGCUAUGCGUUGCCAGCACACAGCAUUUUCCAGGUGUUGGUGGACAUUUGGUCCGGUGGCUGCAAUCCGCAACUUGAUUACGCGUUGCCAGUUCUCUUUGCGUAUGAAUUGAUCGCACUCACCCUAAGCUCGGUCGGGGUGUACCGGCGGGCACACUAUGCAGUCCUUGCGAAGGAGACUGAAGAGAAGACGUGGAAGGAACGCGUCGCUGCGGCACUAUCAGAGCAACAGCAGCAACAGAUGCUGGAGGAGUCUCCCUCACCUCCAACCCCAGACUCGGCGCUCGCGGAGGCGGAACAGCAACCAGAUCGCACGCGACGGCGUAGUACUGCUGCCGGUAUUGCCGACCAAGAAGCACUGACAGGGCAGCUAUGGCGAGAGAUGCCCCGGCCCGACAAGCCCCCCACUGGCCGACAAAGUACUGGUCCUUGUUUCGACUUGCCUUUCACCGACUAG